AUGACUCUCAAGCCGAAAGCUCCGUCAUCAAGAGAUAGUGACUGCGUUCCCUUGGAUCAGGAUGAUCGGGUUGAACAUGAAAAGGAGCACAAUGAGUCGGAGGAUUCGGAUCCUGAAGACUCACCUGAGGUAAUCUUUACUAAAAUUGUUCCAUCUCCACCUCCUUCUCCUAAAUACAUUAUUAUGCCUAUUUCUAUUUCUCCCUGCCCACCUCCUGUUUCAUCUCAACCACCCACUUCUACACCUUUACCACCACCAAUUUUCACCAAAAAAACUCUUAGCACCACUACCACUACCUCAGUCGGACCUUCUGUUAACAUUAACGCAUCUGAUGCGGGGCCAAAGACAUCAAGUUUCACCACAUCUACUAAAUCUCCAGUUUCUCCUCAACUGCAUGACGAUAGUGACGAAGAUGGUCCCAUUACUCAGAAGGAAUUGAAGGCCCUGAACGAGAAACCGGAUUCUAUCCUUUCUUCUUCCAUUAUUUCUUCCAGCAAAGUUUACUCUGAAGCCGCUGUCAAGGGUAUGCUUGACACCCUUGUUAAGGAACAUGCUUGUAAUCUUGACAAUGCCAACAAAGCAGUUGAAAAUUCUACUCAAUCUUGUCUACGAGUGGCCGAAAAAGUCGAUAAACUAGUCUCUGAAACAAAAACGUUUCUAACCGAGAUCAACACAGUUGCAGUAAACAACGCUGCUACCAUGAAUGAUGCCAUCGUCAAUCUCAACGCUUCACUGCGAAAAGAACGAGAGUCCAUUGCGCAACUUCGGGCUGAUAAUUCUGCUGAAAUCUCUGCAUUUCAAAAGUCUAUCUUCAAGACUUUCUAA